AUGGUUUAUACAAGGCGCGGCCUGUCACUUGCGAGAAUAAUUUUAGUGAAUUGUAAGGGUGAAACGGUGCUGGACAUUAUAGUUAAGCCUGAAUCGCCUGUUAUGGAUUACAACACUCGGUUCAGCGGCUUAACAAAGAAUUUGGUGGACGCAACGAUAUACGACUUCAAACAGGCAAGGGAAAGGUUUCUCGAGUUCGUUAACUCGGAAACCAUUCUAAUUGGGCAUAGUUUGGCAAGCGAUUUGAAAGCCCUACGCAUUGUCCACCACAAAAUAGUCGACACAUCUGACGUUUUUCCGCAUGAAAGAGGACCGCCAUAUAAAAGGUCAUUGAAAAAUAUCUUCAGUGAUAUUUUUCAUAUGAAAAUUCAGGAAAAAAACGGUUAG